UAAAAAGUUGGGGGGGGGUCGUCCUCGGGCUUCGGAUGUGGGAGAGCGAAGCGCGUGAUCGCCGCUUGUCACCCCAGAAAUGGCGUCCGACAUCGGAGGACCGCUGGGCGUACCGGUGACUGGGAGAGCUGGAGCAGGGACGCAGCCACAGUCCAGUGGGGGCAUAGUAUCCCGGGCACCGAAAAGACAUCCAGGACUUGACUUUGAGGACGAUGAUGACGGGGAGGGCAGCAGCAAGUUCCCGAGGUGUGAUGAAGAGCAAGGGCCCAAUGACAAAGAGAGAUUUGCCAGAGAGAACCACAGCGAGAUCGAGCGGCGUCGCCGGAACAAGAUGACGGCGUACAUCACGGAGCUGUCAGACAUGGUGCCGACCUGCAGCGCCCUGGCCCGCAAGCCAGACAAGCUGACCAUCCUGCGCAUGGCCGUGUCUCACAUGAAGUCCCUGCGGGGCACGGGAAACACUUCGGCUGACGGAACGUACAAGCCAUCCUUUCUGACCGACCAGGAGCUGAAGCACUUGAUCCUGGAAGCGGCGGACGGCUUCCUGUUUGUGGUGGCCUGCGAGACGGGCAAAAUAAUCUACGUGUCUGACUCUGUCACUCCAGUCCUCAACCAGCCGCAGUCCGAGUGGUUCGGCAGCACCCUGUAUGACCAGGUCCAUCCAGAUGACGUGGACAAGCUGCGGGAGCAGCUCUCCACCUCUGAGAACGCCAUGACAGGUCGGAUUUUGGACCUGAAGACCGGCACUGUGAAGAAAGAAGGACAGCAGUCCUCGAUGAGAAUGUGCAUGGGUUCGCGGAGGUCUUUCAUCUGCAGAGUGAGGUGUGGGAAUGCGACAGAGGAUCCGGCAUCCAUGAGCAGGCUCAGCUUCCUGAGGAACAGAUACAGAAACGGACUAGGUCCAGUCAAAGAAGGCGAGACUCAGUAUGUGGUCGUGCACUGCACAGGUUACAUCAAAGCCUGGCCUCCCGCAGGUGUGACGCUCCCCGACGAUGAGCCAGACGGUCAAGGGAACAAGUUUUGCCUGGUGGCGAUCGGGCGUCUGCAGGUGACGAGUUCUCCCAGCUGUCUGGACAUGAAGGGUAGCGCCGUGCCUGUUGAGUUCCUCUCCAGGCACAACCCCAACGGCGUCUUCACCUUCGUCGAUCACCGGUGCCUGGGCACGGUCGGCUACCAGCCGCAGGAGUUGUUGGGGAAAGAUAUUGUGGAUUUUGCCCACCCAGAGGAUAAGGGACUUUUACAAGACAGCUUUCAGCAGGUGGUCACGUUGAAAGGCCAGGUCCUGUCGGUCAUGUUCCGGUUCCAGACCAAGAGCCGCGAGUGGGUGGUGAUCAGGACGAGCAGCUUCACCUUCCAGAACCCGUACUCCGACGACAUCGAGUACAUCGUCUGCACCAACACCAACGUCAAGCACCUGCAGCAGCCUCCUGCCAUCGCUGGUCAAGAAGAUCUCAGCUAUGAGCAUUCCCAGGUUGCUGCACCGUCGGAGCACCCGAAACCGAUCAGCAAAGCAGAGCCCAUGUACAGUCAGGAAACCGACCCGCGCUACUCCGAGAUCUACUCUGCCCUUCCCACAGCUGAACAGAGUAAGGUGAUUCCCUCAACGCCGGGUACCGGGACUCAGCAGAUCUUCCAGCAGGGGACCUCCUUCCCAUCAGCACGGCCCGCACAGAACUUCAGCUCCGCCAUGGUGGCUCCUGUGAACAUUGUCCAGCAGCCGGCGUCGGCAGGGCAGAUCCUGGCUCAGAUCUCACGGCAGUCGGUCAGCGGUCAAGUUACCGGCAACACCUGGAGUGGAAGCCGCCCGCCGUUCCCAGCGCAGCAGAUAGCAGCCCAGGGGGCAAAGACGCAGUCGCCCCAGUUUGGCCUGGCAGCCUCCCGGAGUUUUACAGCCAACACUGCUUCCUUCAGCCCCCUUGCCAGCCCUGUCGCCACGUCCACGGCAGGGGGCACCGCCUACCCGUCCCUUGCUAACCGCACGUCUGCUUUCGCUGAAGCUGGGCAGACAGGCUCGCCGUUCCAGAGCCGGCCCGCGGACAGUGGCUCGGUGUGGCCUCAGUGGCAGGGUCAGCAUCACUCCCAGGCGUCCACCGAACAGCAGAGCCAGCCCGAGGUGUUUCCGGAUAUGCUGUCCAUCUACGAGGAGCAGGGAACCAGUUACAACAGCGAUGAGUUCUCGGAACUCCCCAUAUUCCCCUCGUUCUCAGAGUAACCGGAAAAGGGAAGC